UCCUCAUCAUCAUCCUCAUCAUCAUCCUCAUCAUCAUCCCCUCCGUCCUCCUCUUCCAAAUUCACUACCUGAAUACUCUCGGUUGGGUUUCCGAGUCCUAGUGCGAGCCACUUCCUUCCCUUUCCAACUUAGCGUUCCCGAACCCUCACUUGGUGUCUAUUCCGAUCGACAUUCAGCCAUCAUACAAAGUAAAAGUCACGACGACGGCUUUCUGUCCCGCCACGUGCCCCGCGUUGAUCCUUGGUCCAAUUCACCCCUCUCCAGAUCUUUCUCUCUCUCUCUCUUUUUUUUCCUUUUGUGGGUUAUCCUUGUCUUCGCUUCCUGUAUCCGAACCCCCCGAGAUUGACAUGCAUUCACUUGCGCAAAGCACCUAGCGCUUGUUUGGCAACAUCUUUCCCCCCUCAGAUGUACGGGUUAUCGUCAUCCUGUCUUGUGUUUUGCGCUGUUCUCUGCGCUCCUCUUUAGAAGAUGUCAUCCGGCGCUAAUUCUCCUGUCGCAAGUCAGCCUAGGGAUGAAGCUCAUGGCCCAGAAUAUCCCUCCGCUUCUCAUGCACAACCAGGGGCCACAGAAGAGCAAAUUCUUGUGUCUACCCAGGAUCUGGGCCCUGGUGUCACUGAUAGAGUCUUCCCGGUUAGGUCGUUGGUCUCUUUUGAUCCCAGCCCGCCCAGCGAUUCUCAAUCCCAAUCCCAGACCAAUCCCCUUUCUCCCGCUGGAACGGCCCGUCAAUAUUCCAUCAUCGAUUCUGAAACGUGGAACCAGAUCCAGUCGCAAUCGGACACAAAUACAGACUCUGUGUCGUUAAGUGGCGAAAUCAGACAAACACCCGACGACUCCUGCCCAACAUCCCAACUGGUGUCGGAAAUUUCUUCGAACCCGGAAUCGAACAAUGCAGACGCCACUGAAGCUCUCAGGCCGAGAUAUAUACCAUCGUCGGAUGAUGAUCACCAGCCACGGUUGGUGACCACCAGAUUCCGCCAUAUAGUCACAUCUGACGGUCACGCCGUCGUAACCGGGAGAACCGUCGACUCGUUCAAGGCAUGUGAAGAUGAGCCAAUUCAUAUCCCCGGCGCGAUCCAAAGUUUUGGAGCACUUGUUGCCCUGCGCGAGGAGGCAGACGAAAAGCUAUCCGUUCGUAUUGCGAGUGAGAACUCCGAAGAUAUCCUAGGCUACUCGCCUAGUAGUUUAUUUGCCUUGGAGACUUUUUGCGAGGUUCUGCCAGAAGACCAGGCCGAUCUCUUUCUUGACCAUGUUGAUUUUGUCCGGGAUGAAGGGUAUGACCCGUCUGUCGAUGGGCCAGAAGUUUUCAUCCUCACCAUCAAUCAGCCCGUCGGUCAUACCGUUCGCGUCUGGUGCGCGAUCCACGUCAGCCCCUCAAUCGAUGGGUUAAUUGUCUGUGAGUUUGAACUGGAGGAUGAUCAAAGCAACCCUUUCAGCACUUCAGGUCGGGCGUCGCCAACUGGCCCCGCCGAUACCAUGGGGGUGCACCCAACCCCCGAGCAACUCGCCGGUAGCACCGUGAAUACCAGUCAGCCUCUGCGAAUUUUGCGCCGUGCGCGUAGGCGCAAAGGCGAAGCAGCCGCCAUGGAAGUUUUUAGCAUCGUUAGCCAAAUACAGGAGCAACUGUCCCGUGCAGAGAACAUGGAAACCCUCAUGGACAUUACAGUUGGAAUUGUCAAGGAGCUCACUGGAUUUCAUCGGGUCCUUGUGUAUCAGUUCGACUCGGAAUUCAAUGGAAAGGUUAUUGCGGAGCUGGUGGAUCCUACUAUGAGUAUCGACCUUUAUAAAGGCCUGCAUUUUCCUGCAGCCGAUAUCCCCAAACAGGCUCGUGAACUGUAUCGCAUUAAUAAAGUGCGCCUCCUGUAUGACCGUGACCAGGUGACGGCUCGUCUAGUCUGUCGCACUUUGAAGGAUCUGGAAACGCCGCUCGACAUGACACAUGCCUAUCUUCGCGCUAUGUCCCCUAUCCAUAUCAAAUAUCUAGCCAACAUGGCUGUUCGUUCUUCUAUGUCAAUCAGUAUCAACGGCCCCAGUGAUCUAUGGGGCCUCAUUUCCCUCCACUCAUAUGGAAGUUGCGGAAUGAGGGUAUCCUUUGCGAUCCGGAAAAUGUGUCGCUUGAUCGGCGACACCGUGUCUCGAAAUAUUGAGCGUCUCUCCUAUGCUUCGCGACUCCAAGCCCGCAAACUUAUAAACACAGUCCCAACUGGUGCUAAUCCAUCGGGUUAUAUUGUUGCUUCCUCAGAUGACCUGCUUCGGUUAUUUGAUGCCGAUUAUGGCGCCUUGUGUAUACGUGAAGAGACCAAAAUUCUGGCAAAAUCUGCCCAUUCACAAGAAAUGCUCGCCUUAGUGGAAUUCUUGAAGGUGCGACGAUUCAACUCAGUUGUGAGUUCGAGCCAUAUUGUGAAAGAUUUCAGAGACCUCCAUUAUCCCCCGGGGUUCAAAGAUAUCUCGGGCAUGCUCUAUGUUCCUUUGUCUACGCACGGCAUAGAUUUCAUCGUUUUCUUCCGUAAGGGCCAGUUGACCGAAGUCAAAUGGGGUGGGAAUCCUUACGGAAAAAAAUUUACCGACGGGCAUCUGGAGCCCAGAAAGAGCUUUCAGACGUGGAGCGAGACAGUUCUUGAUCAAUCAAGGGAGUGGACAGAGUCUGAAGUGGACACUGCUGCAGUCCUAUGCUUGGUGUAUGGAAAGUUCAUCAAGGUUUGGCGGCAACAAGAAGCGGUAUUAGAAAGCUCCAACUUGACGCGAUUGCUGCUAGCAAAUUCGGCCCAUGAAGUCCGAACUCCUUUAAAUGCUAUCGUUAAUUACUUGGAAAUCGCUCUGGAAGGCGCGCUGGAUACUGAGACUCGUGACCAUCUAACCAAGUCAUAUUCCGCCUCCAAAUCGCUGAUAUACGUCAUCAAUGAUCUCUUGGAUUUGACAAACGUCGAACAGGGACAGGACUUGAUUAAAGAUGAAUCAUUCGAUUUGCGCACAACCUUUACGCAAGCGACAGACAUGUUCAAUAGCGAGGCGGCUCGCAAGAAGCUAAACUAUACGGUGCUGUCCCAUCCGGGAGUACCAGAGACCGUGAUCGGCGAUCAACGGCGUGUGAGACAGGCAAUGACAAACAUAAUUUCAAACGCCAUUCAGCAUACGUCUGUCGGUGGUGUUACUGUGGAAAUCUGGAGUUCUCGGGAUGAAGUUGAAACUGAAAAGGCGACGGUAAAUAUAGCAGUACUAGACACCGGCCCCGGAAUUCCUUCUGAUAAGCUGGAGGCUCUAUUUCAGGAGCUAGAGCAAAUAUCGGCGGAUGACGAUAGUUAUUACUUCGAUGGCAGCGGUCCGGACUCUUCGGAUGCUGCCUCAGAUAGUAGAGAGAAGAAUGUUCUGGGACUGGGCCUGGCUCUCGUAGCACGGAUUGUUCGGAACAUGCACGGACAGCUAAGUGUGAGAUCAGAGGAGGGGAAAGGAAGCCGUUUCCAGAUUUCCCUCCAGUUCUCUGUUCCUAAAUAUUCACCGCAGAGCGAAUCGAAUAUUUCACAUCUUGCCAUUCGCACGGUAGACUCUGCUACUGCGUUUCCUUCCAAGGAGGAUAUUGUACUGGUCGGCAGUACAUCAUCUUCGCAAAAGGGGGGCAGUCAUGGCAGUGUUAAGAAUGGCACACCAUCCAUGCAGACCGAGAAACGCGAGGUUAAUCCCAAGGUUGUGAGGAGGCAGAAUGCAGAACCACAGACAUCUAGCGAUGCUGAUGAGUUCCGCACCGGCAAAUGCUCGCCAGUAGCCUCCCGCGAAGGUGUUAUUUCUAGCCUUGCUUCAAAACUAUCUGAAACCCCUUCGCCGCUCGCAAUCCCCCAAGUAGCUGAGCGGGAGCGUGAGAGGGAUCGAGCCUCAACACAAGCAUUGGAUAGGCCCUUGGGCUCUCCACCUUUAUCGGGAGCUGGUUGUAUACCUAACUUUGAUCCAAGGAUGCAGGGCUUGAAUGUCCUAGUCGCCGAAGACGAUCCAAUCAAUGCCAAAAUCUUACAAAAGCGCCUAGGGAAAACUGGCUGCGCUGUCCACCUAACGGUUAACGGCGAGGAGGUCGCGAGAGCCUAUCGGGAUAACCCUAGGAGGUGGGAUGUCGUGUUGAUGGACAUGCAGAUGCCCAUCCUGGACGGCAUUGAUUCGACAAAAAGAAUUCGGCAAUUCGAAAAUGAGUCGACUGGAGGCCAAGUCCCUACAGGAGGCCUCAUACGCCGUGUUCCCAUAUUUAUCGUGUCUGCCUCGCUAUUGGAGAAGGAUGCCCAGAUGUAUAUGGAUGUGGGGUUUAACGGAUGGAUCAUGAAGCCCAUCAACUUUGCCCGAUUGAAUACACUUUUGGCCGGUCUUCACUCGGAGACUGCACGCAAUAAUGCUACCUAUCAGCCGGGGGACUGGGAAAACGGCGGAUGGUUCACACCAUACACGAAAUCGUGAACCUUUUUUGGAUAUAUAUUAUUUUGACACGCUCUUAUGACUUCAUCACAUUAUAUCUUUAAGGCAGUAUGAUGCCUUGCUGUUUAGAACCUUUUGGAAUCACCAAUCAUGGGUGCCUGGCGCGCUACUCUAUUUUCUUUUUUUCACAUCUGAUGAUACCAUCUAAGUGUAGAAUAUAUAUGUUGGGAGGGAUAUACCAUUCAUAUCAGUUUAGCAAGGUACAAAAGGG